CCCAAUCAGCCUAAACGUCGCUGGCUUUCUCCCUCUAGAUCUUUCUCUCUUUCCGUAUCCAGCCUCCGAUUUCACGCCGAUUGGCUUCGAAUCUCGCCUUCCAGUCUGGUUCUGUGAGAAUCGACACAAUUUCCGAUACACCGGAGAUAAAUUUCCCCCGAAUUCUGGCCGAUCCGUGCUGAAUUGCCUGGCUGAUAGAGAUAAUAGGUUUGGUUGGAUUACGGAUCGAAUUAAACUCAAUUGGAGAGGAAAUUCGUAGCUGAUUUAGGGUUCAGAAGAGGCGUUUGGAUUCGUAGAAAACGAUAGUCGCAUGAGCUGGUUGGUCAACCUGGGUUUCUCUACUUCUAAUUCGAACCACUUCAUCACUUGCCUCCUCAUCUUCAUUCUCCAUUACUCCCCUCAAUUAAGUAAUUUUAAUCACAGUUUUUGCCGUAAUCUUAGCCGAUCAUCGUUUAAUCACCAUGGCAUCACGAGAACCAAGUAAUCGCCAAUUGAGCAGAGCUUUUUGCUCUUCAAAGGUUGAGAGGAAGGAUUCAGCCUCACCAUCUGUGAUCAUCAUAGGGGGUGGUUUUGCUGGUAUAACAGCUGCUCGGGCCCUUCAUGAUGCUUCAUUUCAGGUUAUCCUAUUGGAAUCAAGGGAUAGAAUUGGUGGUCGAGUUCACACAGAUUAUUCAUUUGGUUUUCCUGUUGACCUGGGGGCAUCAUGGUUGCAUGGGGUCUGUCAAGAAAAUCCUUUGGCACCUUUGAUUGGAAGACUGGGACUUCCUCUCUACCGGACUAGUGGUGACAACUCUGUGUUGUAUGACCAUGACUUAGAAAGUUAUGCAUUAUUUGAUAUGGAUGGGAAUCAAGUUCCACAGGGCUUAGUCACAAAGGUUGGCGAAGCAUUUGAGAGAAUUUUGAAAGAGACAGAUAAAAUAAGACAAGAAUAUAGCGAAGACAUGCCUAUAUCCCGCGCUAUCUCAAUUGUUGUUGACAGAAAUCCUGAGCUAAGGUUGGAAGGGCUUCCUCAUAAGGUAUUACAGUGGUACUUAUGCAGAAUGGAAGGUUGGUUUGCUGCUGAUGCUGAUACUAUCUCAGUUAAAUGUUGGGAUGAGGAAGAGUUGCUUCCUGGUGGUCACGGGCUGAUGGUGCGAGGCUAUCUCCCUGUUAUUAAUACACUUGCUAAAGGGCUUGACAUUCGCUUGAACCACAGGGUAACGAAAGUUGUAAGACGUUACAAUGGAGUGAAGGUGACAGUUGAAGAUGGGCGCACAUUCAUAGCAGAUGCUGCUAUUGUUGCCGUCCCUCUUGGUGUUCUGAAAUCUAAAACCAUCAAAUUUGAGCCAAGGCUUCCCGAGUGGAAAGAAGAAGCUAUUGCUGACCUCGGCAUUGGGAUCGAGAACAAGAUAAUCUUACACUUUGGGAGUGUAUUCUGGCCUAACGUAGAGUUCUUGGGCGUGGUUGCAGAAACACCAUAUGGAUGCAGCUAUUUUCUGAAUCUCCACAAGGCCACAGGCCAUUCCGUCCUGGUUUAUAUGCCCGCAGGGCAGCUAGCACGCGAUAUAGAGAAAAUGUCAGAAGAAGCUGCAGCUAAUUUUGCUUUCAUGCAAUUGAAAAGAAUCCUUCCCGAUGCUUCUGCCCCGAUUCAGUAUCUUGUUUCAAGAUGGGGCUCAGACGUGAAUUCGCUGGGAUCCUAUAGCUACGAUGCAGUAGGGAAACCCCAUGAUCUGUACGGGAGGCUAAGGAUCCCGGUGGAUAACCUAUUCUUUGCCGGGGAGGCGACUAGCAUAGAGUACCCGGGGUCGGUCCACGGCGCGUACUCAACCGGCUUGAUGGCUGCCGAAGACUGCAGGAUGCGCGUGCUGGAGCGCUACGGGGAGUUGGAUCUAUUCCAGCCAGUCAUGGGCGAGGACACACCAGUGUCUGUUCCGUUACUGAUAUCUCGUAUGUAACAUCUUCUUCUUCUAGGACCUAUCCAUUGUUAAUGUAUAUCUAUUAUUAGUAUUAUUAUAUAUAUAUAUAUAUAUGUCGGGAGGUACAUUUGAUGAAUGAUCUGUCUUGUCUAAAUUGUGGGGCAGAAGGGAGGAAACGAUUGUUUCCCCCCUAGGAUAAAUAUGGUUAGGUUUGGUUUGUGCGCUUUCUUCUUCUCUGUUGUGAUACUUACAAUAAAAUCUGAGAUCCUCUCGUUUGCA